AUGGCUACGCCAAACGGGGCCACCCCCGAACCCAUCCUCUCAGAGAUCCUCGCCACACUCAAGAAGAUCCAACUUGACCAGGCAAACCUCGCUGCGAAUGUAGAGUCGCUCCAGAGCAGAGUCGAGACCUCGCAGUCGGUGAACCAACUGCGCGGCGGGUCCCAGUCUCGAACAACAAACGUCAAGGACUCCCCCAGCUUGGAUCCCAUACAGCUGGGCAAGUCGGCGAGCGGCGCCGCUUCCCCUCCUACAGACUCCAGCUUGGCUCCUAAGGCGCCGUCGUCUCCCACGACCCCGGCCAGGAAAUCGUCCGUCACCUCGCGAAUCAUCCUCACCACCUACCCGGGCCAGUCGGGGAUCGACCCUAUCCCACUGGACUGGGGAGCUCCCAAUCCGAUCCAUCGGGGUCCUGUGGUGGUCAGCCGUCACCACAACACCAUCCGUCGCCGGAAUGCCAUCGGCGCCCACGGGGGUUCCUACAGCAUCUACCACGCCCUCGCCGUAGCGAGCAACAAUCUCGACCUGGAGCACAAGCCGGACUUCACCAACACGGAACCGGCAGCGAACAUCGGGCCCUUCCCCGCCUGGGGCGACAAGAAGAAGAUCGUGGCCAUGGACCCCUUCGGCCACCUGGCACCCUGGCUCUACAAAGACCUCAUGCAGUCCCAGGACAUCGACAUCCGGCCCACCAUCGCCGUGACCAAGGCGCACAUGAAGAUCCCCGAGCUCGAACAGUCGGUCAAGGCUGGCCGUUUGAAGCCGGACGGGCGGAUCUGCCUCAACGAGACGGGGGAACUGAACGUCACCAAGUUCGCGGUCGAGCCCGUGUGGUACCUCCCCGGCGUGGCGGAGCGGUUCGGGAUCCAGGAGAGCGCGCUGCGGCGGGCGCUCUUCGAGCACACGGGCGGCUCGUACCCGGAGCUGGUGACGCGGAACGAUAUCAAGGUGUUCCUGCCGCCCAUCGGCGGGCUGACGGUGUACUGCUUUGGCGACCCGGCCAAGAUGGCCGACCCCAACGUGCGGCUGGCACUGCGCGUGCACGACGAGUGCAACGGCAGCGACGUGUUCGGGUCCGACAUCUGCACGUGCCGGCCGUACCUGAUCUUCGGCAUCGAGGAGGCGGUCAAGGAGGCCCAGAAGGGCGGCUCGGGCGUUGUCAUCUACUUCCGCAAGGAGGGCCGCGCCCUCGGCGAGGUCACCAAGUACCUGGUGUACAACGCCCGCAAGCGCGGCGCCGACCGCGCCAGCGAGUACUUCAAGCGCACCGAGAACAUCGCGGGGGUCAAGGACAUGCGGUUCCAGGCCCUGAUGCCCGACAUCCUGCACUGGCUGGGCAUCACCAAGAUCGACCGCAUGCUGUCCAUGUCCAACAUGAAGCACGACGCCAUUGUCGACCAGGGCAUCCCCAUCCUCGAGAGGGUCCCCAUCCCCGACGACAUGAUCCCCGAGGACUCGCGGGUGGAGAUCGACGCCAAGAUCCACGCCGGCUACUUCACCACCGGCAAGGUCAUGUCGAUCGAGGAGUUGAACGCCGUGCAGGGCCGCAGCUGGGACGAUAUUGAGCAUUAG